AUGUUUGAAAUAAGCGCGAUGCUGUCAGUGUUGAAGAAGGAUCUCCAUGCCUUUCAAAGAGCCUUGGCACAGCUGAAGCAUUACUAUAUGGAAGUCACAAAAUUGAAUCACUUCAUCGGCGAAUCAACCAUGAAAUUCCACAUGCUUGGUCUGUAUCUCAUGUUUCUUCUGGCACAGAACAGAAUCGCAGAAUUUCAUAUGCUGCAUCUAUUUGAAUUGUAUUCGGCUGCUCCGUUGAGAGAAUGUCCUUCGGUGUCGGCCCCGUUUCGUGACGCGGAGUGCACAAGAGUUCCUUGGGUUGUAUUUUCCUUUACCUGCCUUUCAUUGUCAUUUUUGGUUUCUAUGCUGUUUUAUGAAGCUCAGCCUUUACGGUUUUUAAGAUUUACCUCUGUAAUCUCUGUGUUAUUCAAUGAAACAACGCGGAGAGCUGGAGGAACCAUGGCAGCAUUCUCUCGCUCUCCUUUCCCACCCACCCAUAAUAUGGCAACCACAGUUAUUUCUAAUUAUUGGUGA